GGGAGAUGGCAUACAAAGUAGUGGCUUUUUGGAACUCAAGCGUCAAGGCAUUGCUGUGAAUCAUGUGAGCUCUAGAGAUAGAGUACUCUAUGAGUAAGAGUUGGUGUAAAAGUAAAGUAGACCACGUAGACAUCCACUUAUAUUAAUAUGGAAGUACUAGUAACGUUGACAGUGUCUGUCUGUUGAGAGUUUCGGCUACAAAUCUGCACCAUCAGCGUGAAAAUGGCGUCGUCUUCUGUCCCGUUCGUUUCGUCUCGCGGUCCUUGCCCAUUUACAGAAGCGAGUUGCUUAUGCUUUUGACCCGCGGACUUUUCCAGCAAUCCCGAAUGGUAAGCGACCUCCAGAUCAACGACUCCCGCGAAAUAAAAUUAUAACCCGGAGGCUUAACAUAGAUUGAUAUCACGAGUAAAGGAACAACAGAAUAACAGAACCAGACGAAGAUGUUGUCCAUAUCGACGCCGCUUCACGCGCCACCAGGGGGCGUUCAAAACUGGACUAAAUUCAUGAAAAAGUACAGGAGAAAUCAGUGGGCGUGGGAGCACUGCGGACCCUCGAGGUGGCUUUGCCGGCAGCCUUACCAGAUGGCAAACGAGUGGAACUGGCCGAAACAUCUAAACAGGUUAGUAAACAUCGAAACAGGUUGUUCGUACUACAUUCGUCCCUUACGAAAAUCGUAUUUAUCAUAGGCAAAGAAAAAUAACAGAUAUCGCAUGAUAUAUAUGUUGUGAAAAUAGAUAUUGGAUCAUUUGCUCUGUAGUUAGUGUAGGAGUAGUAGUUGGACUCCUAGUACCUUCGAGAAGCAAGUAGCUUUCUGACGACUCUCAGGAAUAUUCGAUCAACUCCGUUCGCAACAUCCACACUUACAAGUAGUUGUAGGUCAUCGUCAUUAUUUGUAUCUAUACAUUAUAGUCUUCGACCACGACCAGGUAUGGUUUUCCUCGACAUCCGCGAACGCCUGGGCACUUGAGGCCUGAUCGAGACAGGGCAAAGUACUGCAAUAUGAGUUCAGUGCACAAUCAGGACUACGCUAAGUUAAGGCUCAAUUGAAUUAUUUCCAACUCCAGGGGUCAUUCUUCUCUGUUUCCCUCGUGAGAAUCGGAAGAAAUGAACUGCAGAAAUGAAACAUUUUGCUGCCCUCUAACUAAGCGUGGGAUCCGACAGCCAGAUCACGUUGUCAACAGCAUAGGUCCUGACUGCGAGUCGGGGCAUGCGCUACUCAAAAGUCGGGACAUAAAAUACGUCCGAAGUUACAUUUAAUCAUGGUGCCGAAGGACUACAUGCAUGGUCCACAUCAAGUAGAUGGCUUCUGUAACUUUCUGAUUUUUUGGAUGCCCAUUCCAACAUGACUCGCCUGCACGAAAAGUGGUCUCCAUACCACUACAGCCACCGACUACCGUCAUCAUCAGUGCGAAUGCAAACGUGCAGUAGUUUCAAACGCAGCUAGUAGUAUUACAGGAGAGAAACAUAUUCUAUCGUUAUAUUUUAAACUUCGUCAAAGACUUGGUCUGUAAAAAACUGAGACUGAGUUGUCUGAGAGCCUUGUGAUCGACAGAGCGUCAGCAGUUCUAGCCGUCGUGAUAAGUCUUCAUGUUGGUGGAAAAGGAAAUCCAAUGUGUGAGCUUUGUGAGCUGGAAACCAUUUUCCAGUUUGUUAUGCGGCACGUGCACGUGAUGGUGAUGAUCUGUAUACUAUAAUACCGUACUAAUACCAUACUGAUACUAUUAAAUAGAUAUAAGCGAA